AUGGAUGUUAUUGAUUUUGAAAACGCAAUGGGAGCCGUUAUUAUAUUCAUCAUAGUUACUUCGGCAAUACCAAACAUGCUGAUCAUUGUUGCUUUAUCAAGAAAUUACCAUCAGCGAAAAUACCGAGAUUAUGUACUCUUGUCAGCUUCUUCAUGUGAUUUGACAAGAAUGCUGAUCUCAGGAAGUCUGAUCGCAAGUGGACUGUUAAAGCAUCGGUUUGAAAGAAGCUAUGAGAUUUGCGUUUUGGAAGCAUGUUCAAUUCGCUUUUUCGAAUUUUCUUCAAUCUGUCACAUUAUUAUUCUGGUUUUAGAUAGAUAUCUCUGCAGUAUGAAGCAAAAAUACGCCUUGGAGUUGUAUCUACGCAAAAGCUAUGUUCCAUUAAGUUUAUGCAGCAUAUAUCUAUAUGCAUUUGCUUGGGCUUUUUUACCAGUUUUGGGUUUAGGAAAAUAUGGACUACAAGGUGGUAACGUUAAAUGUGGAUUGAUUUCGAGUGAAGAUGGAUAUAGUAAGAUUUAUAUCGGACUGGUUCUGCUGAUUAUGUAUUUAUUUCCUGCAGCGUUUGCAGCCUUCGUGGCUGCGAAGAUAAUAAAACGCGUGAAGUCCAAUAAGAUUUCGUGCACGUCAAAAACUAGCCGAGUGACUGCAAUUAGCGGUGAAUUCUCCUUUGUAACUGAAGAUAAGGAACAGUCUUUCUUGGUUCUGGCGACCACAAUAACAUUUGUUAUUACUUGGUUGCCGUAUGAUUUAUCUUUGGCUGGCGAAAUAUUCAGUGAAAGCACGGCAAAUGAGUAUGUUGAAGUAACAACAACAGUGAUUGGUCAUUUUUCUGCGUUAAUUAUGCCACUGGUGUACCUGAUUUUCUACAAGGACUUGCGUCGAACAGUGAAAAAGAUGACGUUAAACAAUUAA